ACUUGUUCCCGGUGGGGAGCGCCCGCUAGCCCGGGGCUUUUCCAGGAUGGAGAUGUCGUCAUUGGCGGACUCUUUCAUAUCCACUACCAACCUCCUGACAUAGACUACGAUUUUAUUGGUGAACCAGACUACAAAGAAUGUACCGGCUUAGAGCAACUCCCCUUACAGUACAUUUACUCCAUGGUGUUUGCCGUGGAGGAGAUCAACCGGAGUCCUCGCCUGUUGCCGGGUGUGACCUUGGGCUACCACAUCCACGACAGCUGCGCCUUGCACCCGUGGGCCACGCAGGCAGCCCUCUCGCUGGUGAGCGGAGGCGGCAGCACCUGCGACCCUGCCGAAACCCCGCAGGACGGUUCUGGAGAAAGCUACGGGAAAGGUGUUCCGUUGAUCAUCGGUGGUGCUUCAUCCAAAACGGCCAUGAUACUCUCCAAUGUGCUGGGGCCACUCUCUAUGAGCUAUCAGUCGAGCUGUCCUUGUUUGAGCGACAGGCGCCGGUAUCCCAACUUCUUCCGGACCAUCCCUAGCGACAUCUACCAAGCACGGGCCAUUGCCAGGCUGGCCAUACACUUCAAGUGGACCUGGAUCGGCGCCGUUGUUGCAAACAAUGACUACGGUCUGGUGGCUGUCAAGGUGUUCCAGGAGGAGAGCGAGGGAUCCGGGGUAUGUCUGUCCUUUGUGGAGACUUUAAAUAGAGAAAACAUUGUGAAUGAUGCCAGGAGAGCUGCCCUCGCCAUUAAAGCAUCAAGCGCCAGAGUGAUCCUGAUCUUCACGUGGUACACGGACGUCAGGGAACUGUUCCUGCAACUGGCACAACUGAACGUGACAGACAGGCAGUUCUUUGCCAGCGAGGCCUGGAGCACCAGCGGCGAUCUUCUCCAACACCCCGUCACGGCAAAAGUGGCGAGCGGAGUCCUGGGCACGGCCAUCCGGAGCUCGCCCAUCGUCGGAUUCGAAGAUUACCUCCGAAGCUUGACCCCGUCGCGUCGCCCGGGUGAUUACAUCUUGAGGGACUUUUGGGAGACGCAGUUCGCUUGUACCCCUCGGCUAUCCGACGGCACAAUUGCGUCUGACCACACGGCCUCCCCGCCCCUGUGCCGAGGGAACGAGUCCCUGCAGGGAGUAGACAAUCUGUUCAUGGACACCUCGCAACUGCGGCAGGCCUACAAUGUCUACCUGGCUGUUUACGCCGCUGCUCACGCCCUUCACGACAGCCUCAACUGUCCUGACAGCUUCUCCGGGGACGGCAGCUCCGCCUGUUCCUCCCCCGCGAAUGUUAAACCUGUUGAGCUGAUGCAGCGCCUAAAUGAAGUCAACUUCACCACCCCGCAGGGGGAGCGACUUUAUUUCCAAGGCGCCGACAUCCCCGCCAAGUACGACCUGGUCAACUGGCAGAAGAGCCCCGACGGCUCCCUGAAACUUGUUCUGAUCGGCCGAGUGGACGGCUACGAGAUCCUCAUGAACGACACGGCCGUGCAGUGGCACUCGGGAUCCAGUCAGGCGCCCGCGUCAACGUGCAGUGAGGGUUGUCCUCCCGGUAGUCGGAUGGCCAUCAGGAAAGGAGAACCCGUGUGUUGCUUUGACUGCAUCCCGUGUGGUGAAGGACAAAUAAGCAACAUGACCAAUUCGCCCAAUUGUGACCGCUGUCCACUUGAGUUCUGGUCCAACGAGGACCAUACGGUCUGCGUCCUCCGCCAGCUGGACUUCCUGGCCUUCAACGAGACUUUAGGGAUUACCCUCACUGCAGUAGCCGUUUCUGGUACCAUGGUGACCACCGCUGUUUUCGUGGUAUUCAUCUACUACAGACAAACUCCCGUGGUCCGAGCCAACAAUUCAGAACUGAGCUUCCUUCUCCUCUUGUCUCUCAACCUCUGCUUCCUAUGCUCGCUGCUGUUCAUCGGCCGCCCGGCCGUUUGGACUUGUCGCUUCCAGCAGGCCGCCUUCGGCAUUAGUUUUGUGCUCUCCGUGUCUUGCCUGCAAGUCAAGACCAUCGUGGUCCUGGCGGCCUUCCGCUCGGCCCGGCCUGGCGCCGAAGCCUUGAUGAAGUGGUUCGGUCCGAGCCAACAGAGAGGGAGUGUCUGUGUAUUCACCUGCAUACAGAUCAUUAUCUGUAUAAUUUGGCUGUCCCUGAGCCCGCCCCAACCGAAACCGGACUAUGAUACCCCGGGGUUAAAGGUGACCCUCAAGUGUGACAUGAUCUCAGUGGUGGGCUUCUCUCUGGUGCUGGGCUACAUCGGCCUGCUGGCCUGCACAUGCCUCCUGCUGGCCUUCCUAGCUAGGAAACUGCCCGACAACUUCAACGAGGCCAAGCUGAUCACCUUCAGCAUGCUCAUCUUCUGCGCAGUGUGGGUCGCCUUCGUGCCCGCCUACAUCAGCUCGCCCGGGAAGUACACGGUGGCCGUGGAAAUCUUUGCCAUUCUGGCCUCCAGCUACGGCUUGCUUUUUUGUAUAUUUGCUCCAAAGUGUUUUAUCAUUCUUGUGAGGCCAGAGAGAAACACCAAGAAAUAUUUGAUGGCCAGGUAG